AUGCCUUCUUUGCCCGAGUUCGUCCAGCGUCCACGCCCUUCGCAAGAGGCUCUUAUUCGACUCGAGAAGGGCACGGCGUCUCCAAACAUCCAGCUGAACGAGGCCGCCCAAAUUAUCGGACUCGACUUGUCGUUAUGCGCCAGCCAUCCGGAGAUCAACCGAGCCCCUCAUGUCCCGUUCCACGCGGCGCCGAAGGAGGAAUGGGUCCUACGGUGGCUGUUGAAGAAGCUCAAGGCUGGGAAGAACUAUCGCGUUGAGCCUGCAUCGUUUCUUCUACUGCGGCAACUGAUUGACCUUAUUCCUUCGAAAACAUUGGCAUCGACGCUCAAGGACCAGAAAUUCCUCGGUAUCAUAGACCAUGCGAUCACCGACCUCACAGACGACGUGAUUUCCGGCUUUGGAAAUGGGGGAAGUGAGCUGCUGCCGUCCGAUUCUGAGUCCAGCCAUACCCUAAGUGAAAGUUCUGGCAGGAAGGGCACAAAGCGGAAGAGGGCCAACGGGGUUGAUCAGGAUGCGAUGGACAUUGACGAGCAGCCACGAACACCAGUUUCGUGCUUCUUGACCUUUACGCGCCUUCUCGACUGCCUCUAUAGUUUGGUGACACUGGCCAGCCGAAAAGAUGGUGUGGAUGAAACCGCUCGUUCUCACCUCAGGCACGCUCUCAGGGGUGAACCUCAGCCAGUCGCCAUCACUCUCGGUAAAUCAUUUACUCUUGCUUCGAUCGCCAUCUCGCAAUAUUCCCAUGCGCGAAAGACGACAGAGCUGCAGCACUUCUUCUACGUCCUCCCUGCUCUUCUUGAAAUUUGGGAGUGGAGAUCCCGCCGUCAAGAUGGCUCGGAACAAGGUUCCGGUAACGGAUCUUUUGCCACCCAUUGUUCCCAGCGCGCUUUAAGAUUGAUGCAUUCCGUUCGCGCAGCUGAACUUGACACGGACGAGAGGGCUAACGUGUUGAACGGUGUUGAGCGUCUAAUCGCUCUUCAUGUGAUAUUGCCAGCGCGCGCAGACUUCCUUGGCAGAGGCGGCUCAGGUAUAGACUAUUCUGCGAAGGAGCCGGAUUGGAGCUCCGUCAAGCCCGUCUCGGAUGCUUUCCGACCGAUUCUUUGUGCUUCAGAGCCGCCAAAUCAGCCUGACGCCGUCGCAACACGGGCAGGAGUCUCUAACGCGGCCGAGCUCAUACCAGAGUUCUUUUAUAUUUCCACUCGAUCGGUCCCGCGAGACUCAUUCCGAAGGAAAACAGAUGAAGCGCCUUGGCUGGAGACGUUGUUCGUUGCUGCUGCUGAGUUGGCAUUUUCAUCUGUGAAAGCGGAGAGACCGGCCACCUUUCUCUCCGACUUUGUGAGCAUCCUAGAGCAGCUAUUCCGAGUAGCUUUGAAGCAAGAUGUGCAAUUAUCUCUACACACGCUGCUUACACAUGCUGCGUAUACCGGUCUUCUUAAGGACCAGCUGUCGCUGGUCGAGUGGAACUUGGUUGCACUUCUUAUUGAACUGGGAGUAGACAUCUUUCUUCCAAAUUCUGGGCUCGCAGAUUCCCAAACAUAUUUAAAGGGCCUAUGCAAAAACAUCCAUUUGUACUGGCGAAGCGGUAAUUCCACCGCUGGCAGCUACGAAACCAUCAAGACUGGCAUUAUACUGCCUCUGUUACGUGGAUUUAUGAAUGCGCGAGACCUUACCACGUUUAUGGAAACUUGGUACCAGCAACUGCUCGACAUGGAAGAAGCAAGGACGCAAGACAGUAACCUCAGUCUCUUCACAGUGUGGGAAGAUGACGACCUAUGCAAUGCGUACAGCGAGGUUAUGCGCAACCCUCUGAACCAAAAUCUCGCGUCCUCUCAGUUGCAUGCAGCAGCGGUCAAUAUCCGCGGUGAUGAUGGUAAACUAGCUCAUUCCGCAGAGGCAUAUGCGCAGCUGGUCAUUGCUGAGGCUGGGUUCAGAAAACGAAGCAUCAACCUAGCGGACGCGAAUGCUGACCUUGAAUCUGUUAUUGAAACAGUUGUGUCUGCGCUUUCUUCGGACCAGGAUUUGCAUUGGCGCUGGCGUUUGUGGAAAUUAUCCCGCAGCCUGAUCGAAAACAACGUUCAGAAGGCCGAUGUUGGUCUCGGCUCUGCUCUAUUAAAACUGACUCGCGCAGCUGCGAAGACGAUAAAACGCAGACACCAGGAUAUAACGCACAAGCUUAGUGCACGUCUGGAGUGUAUCGAAGCAUAUCGAUCUGUCCUUGCCGUUAUCAAGCACUCGCCUAACACGAACAACAGCGAGGAUCUGGCAUCAUUAAUGAAGGAAGUCAUCAAACUGAUGAGAAACAUCACGGCGAAAGAUGCUUCAGAAUCGAUGAGCUCCGCCUGGGAUGGCCAAUUAGAAUCCAUUGAUUCUCCAGCUAUCCUAUCGUUGGCGUACUUUCUAGCUCUUCUCCGAGUCCCUGUGCUUUGGACUCACAUUGAGCCCGAAGUCCGACGCCCACUACUAUCUCAUAUCCUUUCUUUUGCGACAGCCCAAUACCAACCAUCAUCUUCAACUCUGGAAAACUUCUCUUCCGCUGCACGCUUUCUGCAAGCAUGGUCCAGCGUCGUGUCCCACGAAUAUCUUCUCAACGCCCCCAUCAUUGUGAAUGACUUGAUCUCUAUCAUCUCCGAGCGAAUCAAGGAGGAUGGAUCUAAUAUCAAGCUUUACAUUGAGAGUCUGCAAAGAAUCCCAGCAUCUCUUAUUACCCGCCGUCAAACUGGAGCCCUCCUAGAUUUGCUGCAGGGCGUCUUAUCAAAACAGGACAGCAUUUCUUCAAUUAUCACUGUCGGUAUCCUGUCACUCAUGGCUAAGCUCGCCGAUUUGCCAAAGUCUACGGCUGAGUUGACAGGCAACUGGGAGCCGCUUUGGACGAUGGCCAAAGCAAUCUCUCUACAAGAUACGGACGUUGACCUCGAGAUAAUGAAGGCAUUCAAAUCCCUGCAUCGCGCGGUCAUUGCGAAACUACUCCUUCUGGCUGAAGCAGAGCGCCGUAAGCUCUUCAAAAAGAUGUACCGCAAGAUAUCCGGGAGGAUUUCCAAACUGCAGGUAAUUGACCGCAGCUCCAUGGAAUGCUUUUUCCUCAGGAUCUCUCUUUACCAGUUUUGGCUUCAUCGGGAACAACUGGCGGAUGCAAUGGAUGCCACAGAGCUGGCUACCAGUCGACAAAAGGUGUUUGAUCUAGUGGUUGCAGAUCUACGAUCUGCCAAAGACCAAUGCAAGAAACAACCCUUGGAAGAAACAAUCACCGUGAUCAAGACUUUGGAUGCAUUGGAAGAUUUCGAGGAUCUUGCUACGGACCAUGGGGAGGUCAAGAAGUACUUAUCCAAGAUUGAGAACUACGUUGAAAAGUCAGUCGAUUCGGGCUCUUCUUUGAGAAGGCUCGUUCGACGUCGUGUUUUAGCUACACAGAAUCCGGAAAAGGACGUCACUGUUCCUGUCGUACAGUAUGCGGAAUCACUCCCUCUUCAGCAUAUGUAUAGUGAGGAGCAGCAGCAGUUCAUCCGGGCAACGAGUGAUCGUUUCAGGUCCAUGUCUGCGAACGCCCUGACUCGGGUAAUUCAGGAUGUCCGCCGAUUGGGAUUCACUGGCAAGAUUGCCGAGUAUCAUCUACUCAUUGCCGGCUUAGCUGUUGCCGCAGCGCCAUCCACUGAAGACAAGGAGAGCCACCUUGCAAAAGAGCUGUCUCUGGUCUGCAGUGAGAUUACAGAGGCAUUGCCUCGCAGCAAAUCCCUCGAGCAAUUUGUCCUUGCCACAGAGUGCUUGGAUGUUCUCCUACGCAACCACCCUCGUUGCGUAUCACAAUGGAAUGUUGACAGUAUCCUUUCGUGCCUUGCUACAUGCGCCUCGAAAGACGGACCCCGUAUCCGACCUGACUUCUCUGGAGUGAUUUAUAUCCGCUUAUGCCGACUGAUGGGCCUAUUACUAGGGCUUCACCGUCAAAAACUAGGAGGUCGUUUUCACCUUAUCAUUCUAGCCAUGCAACGGCUGCUCCAUUGCCUUUUCGCCAGACCGAGAAAACGCACCGUACUUGGCAAGCCUGACAUGACGCAGGGAAAACAGCCAUACUGGCUGUCCCAAUUGAGCGCUGCACAUGCUGUCCAUUACACCCGUCUCCUCACAUCCCUUUGCGACCCAACGGUUUCUGCGGUAUCGCGACCUACCCCUGGGAAUGCGGGUUACGAAGGUUUGACGGACCAGACGAAGAAGGCCAAGCAGAUCGCCGGGCAGUAUCUCCAUUGCCUGAUUAUGGAUUAUGCCCAGAGCUCCCUCCGUAGCACUCUGCCCGCCGACGUGAAGGCGGCUCUCCUGCCAGGGCUCUACUCGGUGCUUGAUGUGAUGUCUCGUGACACGAUGCGAGCACUGAGCGCUGGGCUGGAUAUCUCUGGCCGGGCGAUGUUCAAGGCACUGUAUGACGAUUACAUGAGGUUUGGCAAGUGGAACAAGGGCUGA